AUGACUCGUUCACAAUUAUUAGCACAAUUAGAUGUAUUAAUGGGUGGUCGAGUUGGUGAAGAAUUAGCUUUCGGUACAGAUAAAGUGACUACUGGUGCAGCAGAUGAUUUUCGAAAAGCAACAGCUUUAGCUCAAAAUAUGGUGAAACGUUUUGGUUUUUCUAAUAAAAUUGGACCAAGAGUUAUACCGGACACAUCAGAUGGACAAUUAAGUCAAGCAACACGUGAUUUAAUUGAUAAAGAAGUUGAUGAACUGUUGAAUGAUUCAUUAACACGUGUUCGCACUUUACUACAAAGUCAAAGUAAACAACAUAAACUUCUAGCUGAAGCAUUACUUCAUUUUGAAACAUUAACUAAAGAUGAAGUGAUAGCUGUAUUGGCUGGUAAAAUGAAACCUCCUAAAACUCCUUCACCAUCAUCGUCGCCGUCACCGUCACCAUCAACAAAAUCAACAACAACUCUAUUACCCCAGUUGAAUGCUCCAACUUCACCAGAAAUUCAUAUAUAG